AAGCACUAUUUAUUGGUCUAACAUCUCGCCUUGGAAACUGAAGUCUCGAAUACCAUUUGUAGUGGAUCUAACAGAACAGACUUUUAGAAUGCUUGAACAAUUACUCGGCUCGGUUUGUGAUAUGGAUGAUUCAGGAUAUCCGCCUUCACAAGAAAAUGAAUGCAUUGGUGUUACAUGUUUGAAUUUGCUCAGGUUACAGUUACAUGCAAUAAUCUCAAACAAUGUGGACACUUCAACAAUUGGCUUAAGUGCAGGUUCCAGGCUUUUGUCCAGUCUUAAGGCUAAGGUUGUUCAUUUAGCAGGUGGAGCAGGAAUUUUAAAAACCAUACAGGAAGCUGCUCAGAAAACCUUACAAGCCGGCUGGAUAAUUCUUUUGCCAACACCAAGCGAGAGAGCCAAAGCACUUACAUCACUUUUACCUUCAGCUGUGGAUCCAAGUGAUGUAUCAGCCGGCCACAAAUUCAUGACAGACCUUCUAGUUGCUUCCCUAAUGGCAGACGGAGGCUUAGAAUUAGCAGUCUUGCAGGCAAUUCGUACAACAGCCCUAGACACACCCAAACAGCAUCCAAACGCCUUCAAAAACCUAUCAAAUCAACAAACCAAUAUCCCUCGAAGCUCCACAAACUUUAUUAUCAAUAAUGUGCAAAUCCAAUCACCUAGAGGUUCUGCAAAUAUCACUUGUGCAAAAAGUAUAGGCAGUGCCAUGACUCCGAGAGGCUCUGUGGGGAAUAACUUGAUGUUGGGGAAUUAUGAUCAAGGGAAUAAGAUUUAUAACGAGGCAGAGGGAGUGCAGGAUGAUGGAGGCACCGGGGCUAUGAAGGAAAGUGUGAUGGAGAGUACGCCUAAUGAUUUACCUUUGUUGCUGCUGAUAAAUCAGUUGUUAAGAACUGGAAGCUCUAUAACUCAAUCUUUGCUUGCACAACAAAAUUCUGGCGGAAAGAUACCGACGAAUUUUGAUUCAAAGACAUCACCUAGUUUAAAUUUGUUGCUGAAAUUCCAAAGAUUACUAAUAGCACAUAUCUACAAACAUCGAAAUUCUGGAGACCCUGAUGACUUAGAAUCGGAAGCUUUGAGAGGUGCAGAAGGCCUCCUAGCCAAAUAUAUCGUACGAGUCAGUUCUUUGGCUGCUGAAACUUUAAUUAGAGCCACAAAUGUAUUACGCAACAGACCACAGGCUAAAGAAAACGUCAACCGUAUAUUGAGAAGUGAUAUUGUGGAUACAUUAGUCCCAGAACUCCUGACAAGUCUCAUAACCCUCUGCGGGCCCAUGACUACAGCUUCGGGUAACAUGGCAGAAUUCGACUGGCCUGAUGCCUUCUUGCCUUUAUUGGACGCCCUGGACGGCUUGGUGAGGGCUACUGAUCUGUCUGCAACUUUGGAUGAAGAUCAACAGGAGGAAGAGGAUAAAGAUGAUUUGGGUUGGGCAGGAUCCGGCCCUGGUUCCAUCAGCGGUGGAGCUGCUGGGAGAGUGCAUCAUAGGUCGGAUGAAGAUGAUGAUAAAGUUGAUGAUAAGAUUUGGAUUCAUCGUAAUGAAGUUGAAAAUCACAAUCUGGAUGGUGGACAUUGGGUUUGUGUUCAGGGAAUGGUUUGCGAUGUUCAAGCUCUGAUGACUGGUGGUUAUUUAGCCACUGAAGGAAAUGAUGUGGCUGAUCUGGUGCGUUCUCUCACCUCUACAUCCGACAUUCAUCUUCCAAGUUCACCAGAAUCUGCAGCCCAUAUGAGACUCAAAGAAUUAUUAAUUCAGCGUGCCAGUGUGGGCUGGUUAUUUGAACCAGGUCGUGGUACUGGAAGUAAUGGAAACAGGAAUGGAGAUAGCGAUGCAGAACAGCAGAAUUUGUUGGACCAGGAGGAGGAGUGUGCUGAAUGGAAAAGGGUCACUAAAUCGACAGCUGCUGAUAGCGAGAGGACAUUGUGUUAUUUGUUAGGAUUGCAGGCAAAUCGUCUCUCCAUCAGUUUAUCCUUGCAGCCCGUAGAACUAUCUUGUCAGGAGGCUUUGAAAAGUGUGAUGCUUCGAGGCGGAUUGCAGAUUCUGCAGCCAACAAAUCCCUUCGACGAAGAAAAAGCCGAAGCUCGCAGCUGCGGCGCCUCCACAGCAGGUUCCACGCCCACACAACCGCCUGCAGGAAUUGUAUCAACACCUCCUGCACAAAUUCAACCACUUGCAGCUCCUGCUGGUGAUGCUCCUAGCAUUUUCAAUGAUAAUCCUAAAUUGAGAUCCUUUAUGAAGAAGAGAUGGCAGGUCGAAAGCUUGGAGAAGAGAGGAGAAGCGCUGCUGCAGGCUUUGCAGGAGAGCAGACUAACGGAGCCCUUGGUGUCUGUCUGGUUGGCACUCGUAGAUCGUCAUUGUAAAGCACACGGUUUAGUUUGUCAUCAAGAUUUUCCACCAGAUCAUCCUGUCCAGGAAUUAGCACGUUGUCUGCAAGCUGUUCUCAUCAAGCACCAGGGCUUAGGUGCUUUGGCUGUCGCCAUGGUUGACAAAGAAAUCACAACCUCCCAAGCCCGUUUCACCAGGCCGCUCAUGGACGUCCUUCGUGCAGUCCACCAAACCAAAUGGAACCUCAUCAAAAUCCGGCAGCAACUCAACAGAAGUUACAAAGAAGUCUGUCUGCCUCUUCUGGAAAAAUGUCGUUUUCUAUUAUACGAAAUACGUCCUGCAGUCAGUUGCGAGUUGGCAGCUUACGAAAAGUUAAAUUUCUUAUACAAAAAGACCAAAUUCAAAAACACGGUGCAAAGGAUCAUAAGGGAAUCGAGGAAACAAAAGAGUGUUAAUGGUGAUGGAUUGGUUAAAACAAGACUUGAAGAUUUGGUUAAUGCCACGAUACUGCAAUCACAGAUUGGAGAUAACAAGUCGAAUGAGAUAUUCGGGGAUAACCAGAUGAUUUUAGGUGAUAGCGAGGAAGGCAGUGAGGAUAAGAAGGUUGAUAAUUUGCAGGAGGACGUGCAGAUUGAUGAUUUGAUAAAUGAUAUCACCGAUAAAACCAUGGCUGAUGUCAGUUAUGGCAAAGUGCUCAAUGGAGCUGUUGAUUUUGUUUUGUUGGAGUGUUACAAUGAUGUCGAGAGCUUGAGGAGGGCCAUGUACUGCCAGACACAACGUUGUCAACUACGUUUAUCUGGUUACGAAAUGACAUCACGUCUGCUUCAUGCUGAACAGACUUUAUUGCCUUCAGCGCGGUAUUCCCUUCUUGGAGGCUUGCUGGGCUUGAUAGCUCCUGCUGCAGGAUCAAAUAUUGAAAAACAGAAACAGAAAUACACUCUGUUGCAGUACCACAAAGCGAUGAGAAACAGAUCUGCUGUCCAGGAUUUAGAUAGAGUCACAGCCCAUCAAAAGACCAAGUUGCGUUUAGCUCAUGCCAGUAUUUUAGAAUGGAGUGCUUUCAGAUUGAGAGAGUUAGUUUUGCGGGGUGAAGCAGUUCUGGCAAACACUGCUUCGACUGGAGCAUCUAUGGGAAUUUCUAUAAUCGGUGGAGGAAUGACUGUUGGUGGUUCUUGUACAGGCGGAGGAUCUGUACAAGGUGUCAGAGAUAAGGAGCAGGCUAAUCAUGUCACUCAUGCUUUGUUAAAGGACUUACCAAGAGCUCGUAUGCUUCUAAGUGUCUUAGCCCUGCUGAGUGCUGAAUAUGCUGCUAACGAACUGGGACUUUUGGCAAGUUGUGGCACUCUAGCAUCGCUACAUGCACUUUUGAGGCAGAUCACAGGAAACCAAUUGCAUGAUACUCAACAACAAGGCAACAGCUCGAGCAAAGGUAGCAGAGUGAUUAUUUAUGAAGACACCUUAUUAAAUUGUAGCGCUUCUGGUUCUAAAGGCAACGCUCUCACCGGCCCAGAAUUGGCUGCUAUGAUGAAACUAGGCACCAGAAUUGUCAGGGGCGCUGAUUGGAAAUGGGGAGACCAGGACGGUCCUCCACCAGGAGAAGGUCGUGUGAUCGGUGAGUUGGGUGAUGAUGGUUGGGUACGAGUACAAUGGGACACCGGGAGCACCAAUAGUUACAGGAUGGGACGAGAAGAUAAAUAUGAUUUGAAACUUGCAGAUAACAAUGCUAAUUUAGGAAAUGGUGCUGGUUUUAAUAACGAUAUGUUGUCACCUGAGGAAGAGGAUGAUGUAAUGCUUAAAGAUCCCCAAUUUCAACUGCAGCAGCCUGGUGUGCUUCUUCGUGCUUGCUGCAGCAAUUUACUGCGUCUAUUCACAGUCUGCUGUGGUCUGCGUUCUGCUGGAGCAACCAGCGAAGGAGUUGUGCAGGCUGCAAGAAGUGUCACUUCUAUGCAUCGACAAGCAUUAAAAGUAUCCAAUUAUCUUACGAGUUCCAACACAUUAGGAAAUAAUGCUUUGACAACGUCUGUUGCCAACAACUGCAUCACUUCGAUCUUCUGCUGCAGCGAUAUGUGGAACCAGAAUCAGCAAAAAAAUCGUAACAAUGGUGCAAAUGCAGUUUUGCUCUAUUCUGGUUCUUUGCGGGCAAUGUGCAGUGAUGAUGAGUUGUGCAGAUUGAUGACACACGAUUCGUGGUUGAAUAUUUGUGAGAGGGUUUUAUCGGCUGAUGAUGAUGGUAUUGUCACCACAGAAGCGCUUUUGAUUAAGAAGAUUCAGUGUCUGCGUUUGUGGAGGGACUGUCUUGGCAGCUGGUCACCGGCUCAUGAUUUAUCAAGGAUGUCGAAGUUUCUUUUAAGGCUGUUUGAAAUAUUAGGAAGCUGCUUCUUGCUAUGCAAAGGAGAUUCCACGCUUCGAGCUUUGGUUUCAACAGGUGCCAGAAAUUUACCAACGCCACCAGAAGCCAAACCUGCACCUACAUCCACAACUUCUGCUCCGUCUGCAGCAGGAUCUGCCUCUGGUCCCCAGCCAAUCAGUUCGAGUGCACAGCAGUCUGCAGGUGCAAUUGGAGGCGGAAAGGCUCGUGUUCCUGUGACUCCUAGUGCUACAAGUAGCGCCUGCGCCGAAGCAGUAUCCUUGUUGAGGGCUCUUCAUUCUCUUAGAGGUUGGAGGACGACUAUGGACGCUCUGCUGCUGCAGGGACUCGUUAGUGCGGCGCAAACUAUAAAGGAGUCAUUUAGAUAUGAGAGAGGUUACCUUGAAGAUGGUUGCUCAAAUUAUUACCUUGAAGACAGAGAAGAACCUGCUGCAACACAAGAAAAGAGAAGUGAGUCCUGCAUUUAUAGCAGCAACUUUGUAGUACGAGUGGGUAUGCAAGUAUCAUCUGAUGGAAUUUUUGGAACAGUGAGAAGAAUGACUGAACGGUCAGGAAGUCUAGUCGUACAGUGUCAUGCCACUGGUGAACUUAAGAAGGUACCAUUGCAAUCAGCAAGACCUGCCCUGGAGCAAAUAUUUCUUCAUCGUUUACCUGCUGACGAACUAGCAUUAUCGGCUUGGACAAAAUUGCUGUUGCAACAGCAAAAGUCUAAUUGGAGCAGACAUGGACAAGCUUACACACCGAGAGUCGGUACAAUAGAUGCCCACAAGCUCCGUUCCCAGCAGCUACGUCUCUGUUCAAUAAACGCCUGCUGCUCCCUGCUGCAGCAUCAGCAGCUACUGCGAAGAGUUCUUCUACGUAUGCAUCUGCUUCAGUUCAGCCACAGCGCUGCUCCGAAUGAUACCGAAGACAUAUUUAUUGCCGAAGCAGGAGAGGAUAGAGUGAGUGCAGCAGGUUUUGAUAUGGAAUUUAGUGCAGAACGAGAGGAGAGGUGUGAUAGGUGUGAGUCUGCUGCUGCGGAGGCGGAACUGGACGAUGGGAGUGUGUCGGGUAGCGGAAGUGAAGACGGUAACAGUGAUGAUGAAUCUCAGCAAUCCCGCUCGCAGAACACGGAGCAGGAAUCAGUAGGCACACCACGCAGCGGUGGCGGUGGUUACAGUACCAAAAAACGCAGAAAGAAAGAAGAAGGUCGUCAAAUUUGCAAACAUACUCUGCUGCAAAGAAUGCUGGCUACUGCUGUUGCUUCCUCGCCCUUGAAAAACGAUUUUUCUUUGGAGCAGAUGAAACAGGCCGCUUUGGCAGUCUCGCAAAGACUUGCUUCAGAAUUGGCAACUCGGGGAGAGAAUAUUCCGCCUGGACUUGACUGCUCUCAAUCUGGUGCUGGAUCGAUGUCUGCCAAUCAACGAUCACCGUUUACAGCUAAGAGAAAUCAGCAAGCAGUAAGCGCCGCCUCCGUCGCAGCAGCAUCGCUCAAUGGACGGCGCAGAAAUUCUCAACAGCAACAACGUAGGAGCAGCAGGGGCAGCAGAACGUCGCAGCAGCACCAGGAACCAGCUGCAGCAGCAGCAGCAGCCAGCAAAGAGGAAAAAGAUAGAGAUGGCACUGAGAGGGAGAGAAACUUUGAAUUGGUGCAGAGGCUGAUCGAGAUGGGAUUCGAGAGGGAGAGGAUCGAUAUUGCUAUGAGUGCUUUGGAGAAAGAAUCUAAAUUAACAAUUGACGACGUGCUGCAGUACAUUUUGGAUAAAAUUCCAACCAACGAAGAUAGGGUUGUAGCUAUUGAGGAUCGAAGUCUUGCAAUCGAAAAUAGAGGUCCAGCCGUUCAAGAUAACUUAUUUCAGUUUCUCGAUAGAUUUACAUCAAAUGAUAGUCAUCAAGGUGCAGGAAAGCCAGCAGAAGACAAUGAUCAUGACGACGGUCAUGAUGAUAGCGACCAGGAAGACACCAGUGUCAGUUCUGUGCAGUUCAAUGACUGUUACUAA